AUCAUUAUUCUAUUCAGCUCGUUCUGAAUAUUGUCAGUCGUUUCUCUUUUAUUAUCGUGAUGUUUUAAGAUAUAAAUAAUUAUUUGAUCUGUGAAAAAGCUGGGUUCUUUUUCCUUUUCGAACACUCGGCCGGUUGGGAGUCAAGAGUUAGGACUAAUACCUCAGGUUGGCAACCAUCUACACCACCUACCGUUGUCGAAUUCUGCGACUUCAUGCGCGACCUCUCGUUUUAUUGUAUGCGUGUUCUGAUAUUAUGAUUUCGGUCCCCGACACCGUCUCGAAUUACCAUCAAACAGUGCCAACAUGAAUGCUCUCUACGGGAUGUUCCUGCUACUCAUAGCGCCGGUACUGGUACAAGCGCAGAACAAAGCACAGCAAAGCUCGAAUAACGCCUCAGAUUCUUCUGACUGGGGUGGCGAAAGUAAUAGCUUCAUCGGCAAGAAGGCCAAGAUUAUCAUCAUCGUUCUGUCCGUGGUUGCUGGCACGGUAGUCGUUCUCUCAGUUGCAUCUUCAAUCAUGUACGUUAUCGCAAAACGGAGACAAUGGGCAGUCCGAGAAACGAUCCGUCGAUCCGCUCGGCGCAUGGCAGAUGCUAUAAAAUCGCCUCUAACGCCACGAUUCCCGAAAUCAGCGAGUGAGAACUCCGACCGUGGUCGGACGCCUCUAUAUACGCGACGACAAGAGCGGGCAAAACAAGACCGGUCUUCACGAGGAAUGACCCGGAUCUCCGAGGAGGAGUCCUCGAAACUCCCAUAUGUCCUCAAAGGUGAUGAUGACGAUGUCUCGGGGCUGAUCGGUAAUCGGGACAGCGAGAGAUACGUAAAGACGACAAAGCCGAUAUGGAGACAUUCGCAUUCCGAGUCUAAUGGUAGCAAUGCCACCAAAAACAACUUCAACGCUGAUUCAUACUUCUUUGAUUUCGGCCUGAAACCCGCGGGUCGCAACAGCAGUGAUAAGAAGGCGGCGCAAAAAUUGAAACAUAAGAGGCCGCAUUUCGAUCUUGAGAGGGGUAUUGAAUUAGGUGCCACCGAUCAUAUGAAGGUCACUGUAUCGCUAUCCCCGAAGCACAACACUGAGCCGACGGAUUCGUCGAAGAGGAGCUGGGGUUCAUUUUUUGCGUUUGGUCGGCGUUGAUACAUGUAUAAUAGUGCUUUGACAUUUGGGCUGGCAUAUCGAUUCCUUAGCAGUCAGCUGGUCUGACGAAAUUGAAUACUGUGUCAUAUUGCCAUAUCUCCUCUACAUUCGUUGUCGGUACG